CGCUGUAGUUCCCGAAUUCUCAAGCUCGCUUCUUUAUCGCUUCAAUGGCGUCUUCUACCUUUCUCUCGCUCUCCUCCACAAUUUCCCGCCUGCAUCUAUACCCGAAACUAUGGCUUCCCUUUGCUCUCACGUCCGUCAACUCGCCGAGGCAGAAGGCGCACCAACAGCUCCGGCUAAUGUGCUCGCCUCUCGGUUCCUCCUCAAUCCACAUUUCCGCUUCGAAACCUGCCCUUUCUCCGUCACACUGCAGAGCAAUCUCCAACGGCGACGACUUGGUAGUUCUCGGCAUCGAGACGAGCUGCGAUGACACGGCUGCUGCUGUCGUGAGGAGCAACGGGGAGAUUCUGAGCCAAGUUGUGUCUUCCCAGGCAGAUUUGCUUGCUCAAUAUGGAGGUGUUGCUCCUAAAAUGGCAGAAGAAGCUCAUGCAAAAGUGAUUGAUAAGGUUGUGCAGGAUGCUCUUGAUAAGGCUAAAAUAGCUGAGACAGAUCUAUCUGCUGUUGCUGUCACCAUUGGUCCUGGUCUAAGCCUAUGUCUUCGUGUUGGUGUUCAAAAAGCUCGGAACCUUGCUGGUCGCUUCACAAAGCCGAUAGUUGGUGUGCAUCAUAUGGAGGCCCAUGCUUUAGUAGCAAGGCUAGUCAAACAAGAGUUGGAAUUUCCAUUCUUGGUGCUGCUUAUUUCUGGUGGACAUAAUUUACUUAUUCUUGCUCGAGACCUGGGUCAAUAUGUACAACUUGGCACCGCGAUAGAUGAUGCCAUUGGCGAGGCAUAUGAUAAGACUGCAAAAUGGCUGGGCCUUGAUAUGAGGAGGAGUGGUGGGCCUGCUAUAGAGGAGCUUGCACGCGAAGGUGAUCCUGAAUCAGUCAAAUUUUCGACUCCAAUGAAACAACAUAAAGAUUGCAACUUUUCUUAUGCUGGUUUGAAGACUCAAGUGAGGCUGGCAAUUGAAUCCAAAAAAAUAAAUGUUGAGAUUCCUCUUUCUUUUUCAAGUGUUGAAGACAGAUGUUCCCGAGCUGACAUAGCUGCCUCAUUUCAGCGAGUUGCAGUUUUACACUUAGAAGAGAGAUGUGAACGUGCAAUUGAUUGGGCCAUGAACAUUGAACCUUCCAUAAAACAUUUGGUUGUUUCUGGAGGAGUUGCAUCGAACCAGUAUGUGAGGGCUCGGCUCGAUGAGGUUGUGAAGAGAAAGAGCCUGCAACUUGUUUGCCCUCCUCCUAGCCUUUGCACAGACAACGGGGUGAUGGUAGCAUGGACUGGAAUCGAGCACUUUCGCAUGGGUAGAUUUGAUCCCCCACCACCUGCUGAUGAACCUGAAGAUGUCGUGUAUGAUCUAAGGCCAAGGUGGCCACUCGGGGAGGAAUAUGACAAAGGAAGGAGCGAAGCUCGGUCACUGAGAAGAGCCCGUGUUCAUCCUUCUCUGACAUCCAUAAUCCAAGCAUCUCUUCAGCAACAACAUUAGAAGUUCGUCAUCUUCUUCCAAUACUAUUCACUUGUCAGUGCUCUGCUAAUAGUUAUAUGCCAUGGUGGGUUCAAUCUGCGCAUGUUGUGAUCGUUUGUUCAUCGGGAAUGGAUGGGAACUCAUUCAGAGAGCGAAGCGCGGCAGACAAUUAAUUACAACCUCCUUUCAAAACUGGUGGAACACAAUCAGUUGUACCGAGGUUUACAAUGUAUAUUUGAUGACUGGUUCUUGGUUGUAUGCAUUAUGUAGUUUUUUUGGUGAAAACACAAAAAAUGCACAUGUUUUGGACUGACCAUGCCGAGAUGAUCGUGUCAGUCCACUUCAUUUUAUGUAUGAUCCGGGUUGAUUUGUUCAAUGUUACAGAGAUAAAAGACGAUGAAAAGUUGGUAUCAGGGUAUCUCAUAUUGCGGUAUUUCCUCAA